CACCACAGCAUCCGCAGUUCCCCGACCACACCGUUCCUCCGAGCCCAGGAGCAGCCCCGCGCCAGGAGGAAGUUUGUUCUUUUAACAAUAUGUCGAGGGAGGAGAAUGUUUACAUGGCCAAGUUGGCUGAGCAGGCUGAAAGGUAUGAGGAGAUGGUUGAGUAUAUGGAGAAGGUGGCUAAGACUGUAGAUGUGGAAGAGCUCACUGUUGAGGAGCGUAACCUUCUGUCUGUUGCAUACAAGAAUGUGAUUGGGGCUCGCCGCGCUUCAUGGCGCAUUGUUUCUUCCAUUGAACAAAAGGAGGAGUCCCGUAAGAACGAAGAGCAUGUGAACCUUAUCAAGGAAUAUCGUGGCAAGAUCGAGGCUGAACUGAGCAAUAUCUGUGAUGGAAUCUUGAAGCUGCUUGACUCCCACCUAGUGCCUUCUUCUACUGCUGCUGAAUCAAAGGUCUUCUACCUCAAGAUGAAGGGUGACUAUCACAGGUAUCUUGCGGAAUUUAAGACUGGUGCUGAGAGGAAGGAAUCUGCUGAGAGCACAAUGGUGGCCUAUAAGGCUGCUCAGGACAUUGCUCUGGCUGAGCUGGCACCUACCCAUCCGAUAAGGCUGGGACUUGCUCUUAAUUUUUCAGUGUUCUAUUAUGAGAUUCUGAACUCCCCAGACAAAGCUUGCAACCUGGCAAAGCAGGCGUUUGAUGAAGCUAUCUCUGAGUUAGACAGCCUUGGUGAGGAGUCAUACAAGGAUAGCACUCUGAUCAUGCAACUCCUGAGGGAUAACUUGACCCUUUGGACAUCCGACCUCACGGAGGAUGGUGCUGAUGAGGGCAAAGAUGCCCCGAAAGGUGAUGCAGGCGAGGGACAGUAAUCUUCGGAGGGGGUGCAAAGUUGUUCGAGCCCCAAUGUUUUAGAUGCUCUAUGCUGUCGAAGCUGUGCUGUGCCAUUAUUGUAGCUGAUUUCGUCUCCAUUCACUUCUUUUUUCUUGUUAGUAGGCUGGUAGUGGUCGAAUUAAUUUGCUUUGUGUUGCCGCUAGUCCAUGUGGACUGGUAUUGUUCCCCUGGAUUUAUUUGGCAAGCGUGUCCGUGCUCGCUCUAGCGUUUUAUUGAGCUUUUAAAGUCAUCGCAUUCUUUUUUGAUUGCAA